CUGAUUAGAAAUCCUUACUUAUUUUCAGUCGGUGGUUCAAUUCCAUAUGUUUUCCAAUACGUGGAAAUUCAUCAUAGGCGUAACGCUCAGGGUUUCUCGCUGUUCGUUUGCCUAGCGUUGUGUAUCGCUAAUAUUCUUAGAAUACUAUUUUGGUUCGGUAAACGAUUCGAUCUGGCUUUGCUGGCGCAAAGUAUUGUGAUGUUUAUCUGCAUGGUAUUCAUGCUAGAGAUAUCAGUGCGAAUGAACAGGAAACACACACCGAAAAGCCAGUAUAAAUCAAUUCUAAGUAAGUAUUCCUUGCUUGAAGUUCCAUCGAUUGAAUUCCAGGAUACCUUAUUGCCACAAAAUAGAACAUUUUUAUGCACUGCUGUACUUUUUUGUUUUGUUUUUCUUUUUUUUUUUACAUUCCUACCACGUAAGACAAACGCGAAUGCUUAA